AUGUUUGAAACUAGGUGUAUUGCCCCAAAAUACUCCGUAUCAAGACCGUCUCAUUGUAUUAAGACUGAAACUGAUGCAGACCCUGCAAGAACUAUGUUGACCUGCGAGACUCCAGCGUCUGGCAGUUAA